CGGGGGGGCGCCGGGGCCGGGGGRCGGCGCUCCGGCCCGGCCCGGCCCCGCCCGAUGUCCAUGAGUGCGAACACCAUGAUCUUCAUGAUUCUGGGGGCGUCGAUCGUGAUGGCCAUCGCGUGCUUGAUGGACAUGAACGCGCUGCUGGACCGAUUCCACAACUACAUCCUCCCGCACCUGCGGGGCGAGGACCGCGUCUGCCACUGCAACUGUGGCCGGCACCACAUCCACUACGUGAUCCCAUACGACGGGGACCAGUCGGUGGUGGACGCCUCAGAGAACUACUUUGUGACGGACAAUGUGACCAAGCAGGAGAUCGACCUCAUGCUGGGGCUGCUGCUGGGCUUCUGCAUCAGCUGGUUCCUGGUGUGGAUGGACGGCGUGCUGCACUGUGCCGUUCGUGCCUGGAGGGCCGGCCGGCGCUACGAUGGCUCGUGGGCCUGGCUGCCCAAGCUGUGCAGCCUGCGGGACCUGGGCCGGAGGCCGCACAGGCCCUUCGAGGAGCCAGCGGGGAACAUGGUGCACGUGAAGCAGAAACUCUACCACAACGGGCACCCGAGCCCACGGCACCUGUGAGCCGCGCCCAGGACUCAGGGCUGCUGUGCAGACCAGACCGACCCGCGGAGGCCCAGCUGGCCGGGCGGGACUGCGGCCUCAGGCCCAGGGUGUCCUGGCCUGUGGCUGGCCGGGUUGUGGCUGCAGGGCAGGUCCAGCGGAAGGUGCUGUCUCUUCUUUUUA